AUGUUCAUCGGAGGUUUGAACUGGGAAACUACGGAUCAAUCUCUGAAGGACUACUUCUCUCAAUUUGGAGAGGUACAGGAAUGCACUGUGAUGCGAGACAGUGCUACUGGUCGCUCUAGAGGUUUUGGGUUCUUGACUUUCAGAGAUCCGAAGACAGUGAACACUGUCAUGGUCAAGGAGCACUACCUGGAUGGGAAGAUUAUCGAUCCUAAGCGUGCGAUCCCGCGUGACGAGCAAGAGAAGACUAGCAAGAUCUUUGUUGGUGGUGUCAGCCAAGAGGCCAACGAACAUGACUUUAAAGAAUUCUUUGCUCAAUUUGGCCGCGUCAUCGAUGCCACCCUGAUGAUCGACAAGGAUACUGGUCGUCCCCGUGGCUUCGGAUUUGUGACCUUCGAUAGCGAGACUGCCGUGGAAGCCGCUCUGUCGGGCCCCUUGGAGAUCUGUGGGAAGCCCAUAGAGGUCAAGAAAGCUCAGCCAAGAGGCAACCUGCGUGAUGAGGAAGACCGCAGGUUCCGCCGCGGCAGGGACGCUUUCCGAGAGGGUGGUCAAAUGGGGGGUGAUGGUUCCCAGCAGCAAGCGGGUGCACCGGGACAGGCCAACAUGGCUGGUGGAUUAACACCACAAAUGAUGGCACAGUACUGGCAAAGGAUGCAGCAGUAUUUUGCUUUGAUGCAACAGCAGAUGGCUGUCGCCGCCGCUCAGGGUCAGGGAAUGGGCGGAAUGGGAAUGGGUGGAAUGAACCCUGCCAUGAUGCAGCAAAUGCAACAGAUGAAGCAGAUGCAACAGAUGCAGAUGGGCAACAAUCAGCCUCAAGGCAGUCUCAGUCCUCCUUCGCAGAGCGCAACUCCUCAAGCCAUGCCGAACAUGAUGAACCCCGCUAUGAUGCAGCAAAUGCAACAGAUGCAGCAGAUGCAGAGCCAAGGGCAGGGCAGCAACGUCGGGGGCAUGCCGGCCCAACUGGGAAAUGCUAUGGGAGGAGGAGGUGGUGGUGGUGGUGGUAGUGGUAGUGGUGGAGGAACACCAGGCAGUGCUAAUGGAAAUGGGAACUUUACUGGUCCUCGAGGGGGGCCUGGUUAUAACGCCCAGGAACAAAUUGCUUUUGAACAGCAAAAGUAUGAGCAGCAGCAGGUACGCCGAGCCAUGGAAAACCGGGCCUUUUCGCCGUACCAACAGGGCGGGCCCACUUCGUGGGAAGGCAUGUACGAUGAAGUACCCCAGCCUAACAUUCCUACUGGACCCCAGGCCAUGAACCGUGCUGGAAGCAUGGGACGCGGACCCACUCCGCAACCUCAAAGCGCUGCCCCGGCGAACGCUCCCACAGGACCCAAGAACGCUGGCAAGCCAGGCGCCAAUUAUCGUGGAGGUGGACGAGGAGGACACCGCGGCUUCCAUCCCUAUGCCCGGGGAUAA